AUGGCCCUUUGCCAUGCACCAGUCUGUAAAUGUUGUCGUAUUGUUCAGUUUAGAAGGCCAUUAUAUUCCGAAGAAUUUAAAGGUAAUAUCUUCCACCAACAAGAAGAAAACCACUAUUUCCCGAAGAAUCUCCAGGUCAUAUCUUGCAUCAACAAAAAGGCCACCCUUGUCUGGGCGUCAGGCAUUGACGACUCCGUGCUGGAAUACUACAAACUGGAGUACAAAAACAACCGACGAGAUUGGAAGGAGAAACUAGUCAAAAAUCCCGGAAGAGUAAAACUUGUGAACACUACAUUAAACAGUCUACAGUCUGGCGUGUCAUACAAGUUCAGACUUCAGCCUGACUUAAACAUACCCUUGUCGGAAUAUGCCACGGCUGAGUGCACCAUUGAAAAAGAGAACAACAAUCCUGACACAGGUCUCAGUAAGGCGGCCAUGUUUGGUGUUGGGUUUGUAGCCGGUAUCCUCCUCCUAGCUCUCUUCGGUGUUUCCGUGAUUUGUUGGCUCCGGAGAAAGACAAAGUUAAAAUCCACCAAAGAUCACCGUGUGGAAAAUCAGCAGGCUGCAGACCAAGUCUUGAGAGUCGUUGAACAUAGUGUUCCGGAAGAAACCCCGGACGCCGUACUGCCUCCAACUGGCCAUUAUGAAGAUCUGGACACUUUCUCUCAGCCAGGUCCCCAUUACGAGGUUCUCACUGACAUGGCACCAUCUUCACAAAGAACCUCAGGAAAUACCGUUUACGAAAAUUCCUCUGCCUUAUGAAGAUUCUGUGUACUGUUUAUUAUUUGUUACUGUGAACACACUGAACGACAUUAAUGUAUGCUACUUGCUCUGUUCUCAUUGCUACUUACUUGUAUUCAUAUGAAAUCACUGUAAACUGUUGGUAAAUACAAAAUGAGGUACCAUUGGUAUUAUUUACUCGUCUAAACUACAGUGCCCGAUGUUUAUUUGUUCGUGUGAGGACACAACGCUAGAAGUUUAUUUGCUCAUGCAAAGACAGUGUUAGAAAUUGAUUCCUCAGUGUGACGACUCGGUGUUAGAAGUUAAUUCCCCCAUGUGAGGACAAAAUACCCGAUGUUUAUUUGCUCAUGUGAGAACACAGUGGUAGAUGUUUUUUUGCUCAUGUAUGGACGCAGUGUUAGAUGUUCAUUUGCUCAUGUGAAGACACAGUGUUAGAUGUGUAUUUGCUCUUGAGAAAACACAGUGUUAGAUGUUUAUUUGCUCAUGUGAAGACACAGUGUUAGAUGUGUAUUUGCUCUUGUGAAGACACAGUGUUAGAUGUUU